CUGGGAGCUAUGGAGGACAGGAUGAGGAAAACACCUGCAGGUCAUCUGGAGAAAGCAAAGGAUAUUUCAGCUCCACGUUUAUCCGAUUUUGGAGAGGACAAUAAGAGGCUUGAACGGGAAUGCCGAGCCCAGCUGGAACACAACGACAGUCUCUUUGUUUCACAUGAAGGAGAAGCUCACAGCUUUGAGAUCAAUGAAAGGAUUUCACUACAUAAUCUCCAUCAACUGAAAUUAGCAUUUGAGGAAUGUGAUGUGAGGGGGAGAGGAUACGCUGAUGUGGAGAAUUUUGUACGCAUAAUGAAAAAGCAUUUGGACAAACCAAUCGUGAACAAUGAGCAGAUUCAUAGUUUGUUUAAAAAAGUUGAUUACUCAGAUCAAGGAAGGAUUUCAUGGAUGGAGUUCUCCACCUAUCUGCUGGAGCAGUAUAAGGCAAAGGAGGAAACUUUGAGACGCAGCAAGCAGGUGACCUUUAAUUUGCCAGCCACCAUGAGCGAUGGUGUUAACAGCGUUCCUAUAGUCAACAUCCACUCCACCCACGAAGGGACCGUGUUAACAGUGAGAGAGGACGGGUUCGUUUGUCAGUGUAGUCCCGAACUGAAACCUCAGAGGAUGAAGCACAUGUUUAACAAGGGACUUCUCAAUACAAGGUCAAAGUGGGUAACUGAUUUCGCUCUAAUGUCAGAGUACAGCAAGCUGAUGACUGGAACAGGGGAUGGUGAGAUUCAGUUCUAUGAACUUUCCACAUUAGAACCUUAUUGUCAAAUCAGUGGCUUGGAAACAAUACCUUUGACUUUAGACUAUGGUCAAGCUGGGACAGAUAAAUGCUGUUUUGUAUAUGGAGACAUGGAGGGAUGUGUUACCAUUAUAUUGCUGUCCACUGCUGAGGACACAUUACGAUUAUGGAACAGAUUACCAAAGGCUGGAAAUGUGCCUAAUAUUUCGAUCAAAAAUGCCAUCCACUCUCAUAACAUAACAUUUGUCAGAUGGAAGGUUCAUAAUGACUGGGUGACCCAGGUCAAAUAUUUUCACAGCUUUCAAGCUGUUGCCUCGUCUUCAAAUGAAGAAUCUGCUUCUCUAGUUUUAGGCUGUGUGCUACCUUUAAAAGAUUCUGCACAGCAGCUCAGGGAGAUCAGAGAGGUGUGCUACGAGGGUAAAAACAGGAAGCGCCAACUAAGCUGGACUCCACAGAUCCGCAAGUCCGGGGAUCAGACCGUCUUCUCUGUCUACAAAGGUGUAAAGGCUUUUGACCUUUGUCAGAAGGAUGGUUUGCUGGUGACUGGAGGCAUGGACAGAUUAAUUCGUCUGUGGAACACACGUUUUUCAGAGAAACCUGAUGGUAUUUUAAAAGGCCACUCUGCUCCAAUCUUCUCCCUCUGCAUCUCAUCAGAGGACAGUCAGAUCUUUUCUGUCUCCACAGAUAACACAGUGAAGAUUUGGCACAUUCAAGAUCAGUGUUGCCUGUUCACAGCCGACCCCACAGCCAGCGGGAUUCAUGGUGAUGUAACUGCCUGCUCCUUUUCCCCAGCCAUGAGAGCUCUGUACGUCGCAGCAGACUGCAUAGCUGUGCUCCCUUUGAUGUCGAGGCCAAAGCAUCACGGUCGCAUUGCUGUUUCUCAUGAUGAGGCUGUUAUGUGCUGUAGCUACAGCGAGGAGUUACGGCAGGUCGUGAGCUGCAGCAAGGGGUCUGUGGUGAAAGUCUGGGAUUUAGAAUCUGGUCGACAAGUUUUUGAGUUUACUGCAACACCAGAUCUGACUGACAUCACCUGCAUGACACUUGACUUUAAAGGAAGGAGGCUGGUCACAGGAGGAAGUAAUGGAUGCUUAAAGUUAUGGAACUUCAACAGUGGUCAGUGUCUUAAGACAUUAAAGAAAGGAGGUAAAUGCCAUGAGGUGUGUGACUGCAGCUUUCUCAGAGUUAAUGAAAAUUUGUGAGUUUUGAUAUUUUUUGAUGGAUCUUAAUAAAUGUCUCUAAUUUAUCAGGAUGUUCCUGAGGAGUUUCAUGGUAUCCAGAGACCAGAGCCUUCGUGGAAAGAUGACUUGAAAAAUGGCCAUAAGGAGGACAUCCUUUGCGUAUUGCAGUGUCCUCCCUCUUUUUUGGUCACUGGCGGCAAGAACGGAGAAAUCAUAGUGUGGAACACAGCUUCUGGAUCUAUACAAUGUCGGUUUCUUGGACCUCUUGGAGCUAAAGAUCUAAACACUAAAGGACUGGACACAAGUGUCCCAAGCAUGCUUGUUAUCAAGAACCUAAAGCUGCUGCAGCUUUCUCCAUUUACUGCUCUUCUGUCACCUGGAGUCAGAGGUUGGGUAAAUCUCUGGGAUGUGUUUGAACAAAAGCUUGUGAGCAGCUUUGAAGUUUCCAAAUUUCAGCAAAAGAUAACAAAACUGGCCACCACUUAUGAAAAGACACUACUAUAUGCUGCUGACAGGAUUGGUUACAUCUAUAUUCACAACAUGGAGGCUUUUGACGCAGAGCAGAAUUCACCCACAGCUGAACAUUUUUGGCGUGCUCAUACUGGCACAAUUACCAGCUUGCAGAUUAUUAGCAGUAAUCGAAUGGUGCUUACCUCAUCCACUGACCAAACUGUAAGGCUGUGGAGCUCACAAGGAGAGUUCAUCGGGACAUUUGGUCAGCCUAAAAUGUGGAGUGUCCAGAUUCCCUCAUCCUGGAUUCAUUCUGGUGUCCCCGAUGAGGUUCUGAUUGAUCCUCUCACUAUGCCAAAUCAUGAUAUUCUGAAGAGAGAAUCACAUCUCUCUGAAGCAAUCAAUUCGGACGUGACUGAAAAUGAUAAAGGGGAACUAAAGACUCUAUGAUGAAAUUGAAUGGAAUACUGACAUAUCAUCAAACAACUUUUCCCCAAAUGGCUUCAGGAUAUUGGAGCAACUGAAUGCCUGUGCACCACCUUAACUCUCUCUGAGUAUUGAUCCUUUCAUCAGCCACACAGGGGAACUGAAAUUAACUGAUAGAUGAAACUGUAUUGAUCAGCACUAAGAAAGAAGGUCAUUGCAUUGGUAUGAUUCAAUUUAUGUUAUGUAGUUUAAUACUGCUGGAAAACAAAUCUACCAAGUGAAAGGGUUUUGCUGGGAAAUUAUUAUCAUUAUAUUUUUUUUUAACAGUGUCCUCUCUGGCAAUGUGGCAAUAAGAAUAAUUGUCUUGAUGCCAAAAAGGGGCCCAACAGAUUUAGCUUUCACAGGUGGAGCAGUAUGGCUAUUGCUAUAGUGUUCUGCUUGAUUCAUGCAUGUAAAUAGCUUUAUUAUAAUUAUGCAGGGAGUAUUGCAGAUCAUAUGGACACUGCAAUGUAAGUAGAACAGAAAAGGGAAAACAGGAAAAAGGAGAAAAGAUGAAAGAAAGAGGAGAUAAAAGGGAGACAACGAUAAAACGUCUUCUGUGUGCUUCAUCACCUGCAAAGAGAGAUGUAAAAAGAACAGCACAACCAACGGAUAUAGUAUACAGAUACAAAAAAGGGGUACCUUGAUAUUAUUACUGAUGUGUAAGUAGUACUAUUUAAUCUGACAUGUAUACUGUGGUAGCCAAAGAUAAGAAUAUUGGCUUUCUGUAUGGAAAUGAAUCUCUGAGUAAUUUGAAACAAGCACCUGUUGUUUGUGAGAGUGCACUUGUGCAUGUAAAGUUUAUCUAAAGGAAAAAUGCUCAAUAGUGGUUGUGAAGAGCCAAAGACCCGACCCCCCAGAGCACCAAGGCAAGCGCCGGGGGACCUAAAACCCCAGAUGCACAAAGGGAUCCCCAAAGCAAAGGCACCUAGGAGAGGCAGACCCAGGAA